AUGGAUCCCCUCGAGGAGUCGCCAUGGGGCGAUUCGCAACCCACAUCCGAGCCCUCGUCGCAGCCGCCCUCCCAGAAUGAGCAGUCGACGUCGCAGACCUCGGCCAAGUCAGAGUCAGACGCACCCAGCACGGCCACAUCCGCUUCCCGCCCGUCACGAUCGGGUCCCGUCCGCCGACUCGUCUCCGCCCAACCCACGCGCCUCGAGGCCGUCGACGACCCCCUCGGUCCCCUGGGCCCUCUCGGCGCUCCCGCCGCCGCCGCCGACAGCGCCGCCGAUGCCGGCCACGAUGCUCCGCCAAUCCCGCCGCAGAAGGAGCAGAUGGUGAUCCGCACCACGAUGCCGUCCCAGCAGGACCGUCGUUCCGGCCCUGCCGACCCCCACCACAUCGACGACGACGAAUACGACCGACCCUCGGGCCCAAGACAGCCGCCGCCCGUCCAGGCUGCCCACCCCAGUCCCGUGCGGACCCAGACCCAGCCGAGCGUGAGCGUUGAGCAGGCCAGCAAACCUAGCUUCCAGAUCAGCGUGGGAGACCCGCACAAGGUCGGCGACUUGACCAGCUCGCACAUUGUCUACUCUGUGCGGACCAAGACGUCUUCCAAGGCCUACAAGCAGUCCGAGUUCGAGGUAAAGCGCAGAUACCGCGACUUCCUCUGGCUGUACAAUACGCUGCACGGGAACAAUCCCGGCGUCGUUGUCCCGCCUCCGCCGGAGAAGCAGGCCGUCGGCCGCUUCGAGAGUAACUUUGUCGAAGGGCGCCGGGCUGCCCUGGAGAAGAUGCUGAACAAGACGGCCGCCCAUCCCACCCUGCAGCACGACGCCGACCUGAAGCUCUUCCUCGAGAGUGAGUCGUUCAACGUCGACGUCAAGCACAAGGAGCGGAGGGACCCGAUUCCGGGCGAGAGCAAGGGUGUGCUCGGCAGUCUGGGUAUCAAUGUUGGCAGCAGCAACAAGUUUGUCGAGCAGGACGAUUGGUUCCACGACCGCAAGGUCUACCUCGAUGCGCUCGAGAAUCAGCUCAAAGCCCUGCUUAAGGCGAUGGAGACCAUGGUUGGCCAGCGUAAGAUGAUGGCCGAGGCCGCGGGUGAUUUCUCGGCAUCUCUUCAUGCGCUGUCAACGGUCGAGCUCUCGCCUUCGUUGUCAGGGCCUCUCGACGCGCUGUCCGAGCUGCAACUCACCAUCCGUGAUGUCUAUGACCGCCAAGCCCAGCAAGAUGUCCUGACAUUUGGCAUCAUCAUCGAGGAGUAUAUUCGUCUCAUUGGGUCCGUCAAGCAGGCCUUCAGUCAAAGGCAAAAGGCCUUCCACUCUUGGCACUCUGCCGAGUCGGAGCUUCAGAAGAAGAAGAGCUCCCAGGACAAGCUCCUGAGGCAAGGCAAGAGCCAACAGGACAGGUUGAACCAGGUCAGUGCCGAGGUCGGUGACGCAGAGAGGAAGGUCCACCAGGCCAGGCUCCUUUUCGAGGACAUGGGUCGUCUGAUGAGGGCCGAGUUGGACCGCUUCGAGCGGGAGAAGGUGGAGGACUUCAAGAGCGGAGUCGAGACCUUCUUGGAGAGCGCGUUGAUCGAGAAGUGGGAGACCUUCUUGAUGCAGCUCGAUGCUGAGGACGACGAGACCGUCUUUUACCGGCCGCCCGUCAUUCAAUCCUCGGGCAAGCCGCCCGGCGACACGGCCAUUGACCGUGCUCGCGCCACCAUCAACGACGACUCUGACUAG